CAAUCAAUGGCUACUAAAAGACAGAAAAAUGUGUAGCCUAUAUUUUAAGUGUUUUGUCGAAUGUUAAACUGAGCAGAAUUAUUAUAUCGGUUUUUUACCUCGGCUUAAUAAAAUUAAACCAUUAGAAGUGCAUCAUUUUACCAUAUUACAUAAAAUGUAGGGUAUUGUGUCUAUCUAUUCAAAUGUAGCUAGUGUAUUAUAGCCUUUAAAAAAUAUGUAGAAGAUGUAUUCAAUUGAAAAGGCGGCCUUCACCCAGUCAUAUAAUGUUCUGAAACGAUUUAAGUCUCACAAUAGAAACGCGGCCCAGGAGUUUAAAUCAAUCCUGAAAAGCGCAUUUGCACAGUCUCGCUUGCCUUUGCAUGUAGCAAGAAGUCCAUCCCAUCUCAGAGCCAUUAGCAUUCCUAUGAUCUGGAGAAAGUAAAACCGAGAGACACACAGCUUUUCUUUAGUCGCAGUAGAUGAUGGAUACAGGAACCGGUGUCGAGAUGUCGAACUCGCUGGAGCGGAGUGAUCACACUGCAUUCGUGGAAGGGAGCUGUCUUUAUGUAUGGGGAGGCUGUAAGUCAGUCUCCGGAACAGAAACACUGUUACCCAGUGAUGAGAUUUGGCUGUGCGAUUUGGAGAGUGGAAUAUGGGAGCGGAGGGGGAUGGAGGGAGAAAUCCCUCCGGCCUUAUCAGGCGCCUGCGGUUCUUAUCACAACGGCACUCUCUACGUGUUUGGAGGGUGUGACCCAAAUGGACACACCAACCAGCUGUACAGUGUUGACCUGCUGGAAGGAUGCUACACCUGGAGGAAAGUGACAGACGCUGGGGGAAACACCCCCUCACCCAGAGACAAACAGUCCUGUUGGGUAAACCGAGACAGGCUCAUCUACUUUGGAGGGUAUGGAUGUAAAACCAUAAGAGAGGUCAACAACUCAAGGAACUUCACAGUCCAUGAAUCAUCCUGGGCAAUGAUUGGGACGACAUUCUUUAGGUUCUGGGGCUGGAACAGCGAAGUCAAUGUUUUUGACACACACACUGCGACGUGGGAAGAACCUGAAACCCAUGGUCAGACCCCAUCUCCUAGAGCCUCCCACACCAGCGCCACCCUGGGGGACAAAGGUUACAUCUGCGGAGGUCUGGAGGACACAGAUUUGGACAUCCACUGUCUGGAUCUGGACACCUGGAUAUGGACACGGAUUGACUUCCUCUCGUCUUUGGUGCCCGUGGGGCGUUCCAUGCACACCCUGACCCCAGUGUCUGACCACACCCUCUUCCUGUUUGGUGGGCUGAGUAUCACCGGUGAAUCUUUAAGUGACGGAUGGGAGUUUGACACUCAGACAAAUACAUGGAGAGAGAUGGAUCACCUACACCAUGACAAGCCCAGGUUGUGGCAUUCGGCGUGUCGGGGCAAGGAUAGUGAUGUGGUUGUCUUCGGGGGGAGUCGAGACUACGUCCUCCUGAUGGACUCGGUCACUGUUUUGAGGUCUCCGUCACAGAACCACUGCAAAGAUGUUCUAGUCUUUCAGACCCAGCCAUACCCCCUACUCAGAUUAUGUAAAGACUGCAUAGGCUGUAACGCUGAUGUUUUGCAAGAGCAGCUUUUGUGGCUGCCACCCAAACUACAGGAGACUGUGGACAAGAGAGUGUCCUUCUUCAGGAUCGGCCCAAACCAGGAAAAUAAAAAACAGUUGGACCUGGUUUUAGAUUGACAGUAUAUAUUACAUGACGAAAGUUUUAUUGACUGUUUUGUUUUAAGUGUGGUAUUCUAUUUGUUUUUAUCAGAACUUGUUCAUUUCACUUCUCUAAAGCUCAUUAGGAAAUGAGUCUCAUUGGUGCAUCGGUCUAAGGCUCUUCUCACACAGGUCAUGAAUGGGAGAUGGCUACAGGUAGUAAGAUUGGAUAUUUGGCAAAAAACAUUGUUUUGCAAUUAAUGUACAAUCAAUAGUAGCCCAUUUAACUUGACAAAAUGAAAACAGGAAAAUAAGGUUGUAUUUUCUUUUAAUGUUGAUUAAUAAAAUGUUGCUGACUUAAAA